CGAGUUUAAAAAAUAGAACUCUGUUCUGAUUCUUAACUUAUGAAUAUGUUUGCUACAACUACAUAAAGUGUGUACUUUUUCUUUGACGCAUCGUUAAACACUGUGACAUCGGAGUGAGAAGUAAAGAAAUAUGUGCAAACUGUCCCGAAGACUAACGAACUAUUACGAAAAUUAACGGGAAUCCCCGAACGAAAAAACGAUGUCCGUGGAACCGUACGUGUUAACGGACGCCGAAGGGGCCACUUGCGAAGGAAUGAUCAAACUUGACGGCUACCCUAUGCCCUCGUUCAUGCAAGAUUGCACUACCAGAGGAAAGAAUUUUUUUGCCAUGCGGAACUGGAAGAUUCGCGAUGAUGAUGUUGUCUUGGCAACCCUUGCAAAAGCAGGUACCCAUUGGGUUGACCCAAUUGUGUACAUGCUUCUGACAAGAAAAACCGAACUGUCAUCGGAGAGAAAAUUUACGUUGUUUGAUGCUACAACCGAGGAAAACUUCGAUAAAAUGCCUUCUCCCAGGAUUUUGGCCACACACUUACCCCCGCAAUACCUGCCGCAACAACUGGACGAAAAGAAGACAAAGAUCGUGUUAGUGUUGCGUAACCUCAAGGACGCUGCGGUUUCCUUGUACUACCACACACUGAACAUGCACUUGUUUAAUUAUUCAGGGAAAUUUAAGAACUUUCUUCCAUUGUUCAUCGAAGGGAAACAGCCAUACGGCGACGUGUUUUCCUAUUUAAGAGAAUUCGAAGAAAAGAUGAAUUCAGAACCGGACAGGAUUUGCUUAGUUAUGUACGAAGAUUUGAAAAUGGACGGGGUUAGAGAGAUUCAGCGUAUCGCCAGGUUUCUUGGCGUGGAUGCAAGUGAAGAGUUUUGUCGGGCAGUCCACGAAAGCUGCUCUUUCCACAACAUGGCGGAGAAAAGUAUGCCUGAACAAGAACGCGCAAGAUUCUUCAAACCUGGUGGCUCAUUCUAUAGGAAAGGAAUUAUCGGAGACUGGAAGACUCACUUCACGGUAGCUGAAAGCGAGAUGUUCGACGAGAUUUUUGCACAGCGGAUGGCCGGAAGUAAACUGAAGUUCACGUACUCUGCAACCGAGUAACUGGAGAGCUAAAAUGAACAGGCUUUCCAAUUGGAAUUAAAGUUCUUGAGUUAUUGCAGCAAACUUGCUAGGAAGUCAUAUUUGGUGAAAUUAUUGGUGAGACUGUAUCCUGUUUUGGAAUAUAAUUGUACGCAAUUCAUAAUAUGUAUUGGCUAUAGAACAUUGUCGCUAUGUCACUUCUAUAUACUUCUACAUGUAUUGAUUAUUCAGGCAUGCAUGCUGUAUAUAAUGCUUUUGUAAAGA